GUUAUUAAAGAUGGCGACAGCGAUUGUUAGUUCGGCUCGUCAGGUGGGGAGGCUAACAAAUGCGGCCAGAAGAUUAUACUCUGAUGUUUAUCCAAAAAUAACCACACAUUACACAAUUCACCCUCGAGAUAAGGAUCCACGAUGGAAAGAUAUAAACAUGGAAAGAAUAGCAGAGGAAACAGAUAUCCUCAUUAUUGGCGGAGGACCAGCUGGAAUGGCAGCUGCAAUCAGAGCAAGGCAGAUAGCAGAGGAGAAGGGGGCUGAAGUACGAGUAACACUACUGGAGAAGGCCACAGAAAUAGGUGGCCACAUAUUAUCAGGAGCAUGUGUUGAUCCAAUAGCAUUAAAUGAACUUAUACCAGAUUGGAAAGAAAAGGGUGCUCCUCUGAACACUCCAGUCACCUCUGAUAAAUUCGGUUUACUCACCAAAAGUGGUAGAAUUCCUAUACCAGUAUUUCCAGGUUUACCAAAUUACAAUCAUGGCAACUAUGUAGUAAGAUUGGGUCACCUGGUGCGGUGGUUGUCUGAGCAAGCUGAGGCACUGGGAGCUGAGGUAAGAUAUAUCUAUAAUUUUCAUUCUCACAAUGAAAUAAACUCAUUAAUCAUGUCUUUACAUAUAGAUAAAAUUGAAGUGUCUGUCUGUAAUAUUGAAAUGACUUCCUUAUAUGCUGAGAGGGUCACUUGUACGCCAAUAAGUCAAGAAUAAUCUUUGUUAAAAUUUUUGUCUGUCUGCCUAUCUGUCCGUUAGGCCUAAUCUUCCGGAAUGAUUUAAUAAAUUGUAAUAAAACAUUCAUGAGCAGAUAAAUAGCAAUGCUAUCAGUGAUUUAGACUAUAUUUUAUCUGAAAAACAUGAUAUCUUAUUAGAAAAAAAAAUUUAAAUUUUCGAAAAUAAAUGGUCUUUAAUUAUUUUAAAUCUAAAUAACACCACUUUAAUAAACCUUACUCAAGCGAAGCCAGGGCGGGUCGCUAGUAUAGGAAUAUAAAUUAAUAUUUGUUUCUUUGUCAUUCAUGCAUUCCUAUACCAUACAUCUAAUUGCGAUGAAGCUUUGGUGAGUUGGUACCCACAAAAGAUUCUGAUAAUUUUUUCAUGAAAUCAGUCAUCCCAUUUCGACGAAACUGGUAAGUUUUUGUGUGUGCGCCCACGAAGGCACAGGGUCACAAACAAAAAGGCAUUGCUAUAUUAUGCCGUGCUUUGUGGUAUUCCUUGGCAGGCCUAUGUUCAGCAGUGGAAUUGUGAAGGGCUGUAAUGAUGAUGAUGAUGAUAUUAUGCUAGACUCAUCUAGUCGCCUAUAAAAUAUGUUAUUAUAUUCAUCAGCUUCCUAUACAUUGUGGGUCAAUAGGCUUAGCCAAGUUGACUUUCUACAGUUGUGAAUGCUAAUAGAAAACUAAAAAAUUAAUGAAAAUGAUCUCUAUAAUGAGUCUUGACGAAAUGCCUUGAUUAAAUCAACUAAAUAGGUCAUAUUAUAGUGCCACAAAAACACCCUUAUACACACAGACAUUCACUACUUUGAAUAUAUCUAAAAUAAGUAAACAUUAUAAUGUUACAUACGAGUAUUAGUUAAAUACCAAAGAACUUACAGUUCACCUGAUGAUGGUAAGUGGUUAUUGCAGUACAUGGCUACAGCCAACUUUAGACAAAGAUGCCUAGAAUUGCAUUGUCACAUCUGAGGUUUAAGAUGGAAUGCCUCUCAGCCUGUAAAUAUACUGGCUCUUUAUGCCUUCCGACCAGAAGACGGCAGUGCAGGCACUUCUAUUUGAUGGCAGAAAUAGGUAAGAGGUAACUUAACCUAACCAGGCAAACUCCUACUGAGAUAAGGAGUUCUAUCACCUAGUGCCUCAUAUUCAGAGAGACGAAAAAUCUUUUGGUUUUGGUGUUUUAUUGAUAAACUAGCUGUUCCUCGCGACUUCGCUCGCGUGUUGGGGUUUUUAUGUUUUUGCGCGGAACAUUAAUUCUUUUUCUAAAAUAAAAGUAGCCUAAAUUACUCCUUAUGAAAUAUGUUAUCUGCCAGUGAAAGCCCCGUUAAAAUCGGUCCAACCGUUUCGGAGAUUAGCCGGAACAAACAAACAGACAAAAAUUUUAAAAAUAGUAUUUUAGUUAUAAGUACCGUAUUUACUUUCAUAUGCAUUUAGCAAAAUAACUGUAAUUUUGACAUUACAGACACUUCAAUUUUAUUUCUUUGUAUAGAUUUCUAUAAAUUAAUAAAGACUAUUAAUUUCUACUAUAUAAUUAUAUAGUACUUGCCUGGUGGUCGUAAUUCGAUUGUAACUCAUAAAAUUUUUAAGUUUAUAAAAUUAAAAAAAAAUACAAUUUAAAGUUGUAUUUCAUUUCCAACUCACAGUAUGAAUGUACAUCUAUAUACAUGUAUCAUCUAUGCUUUUAAUAGCACAUUAAUAUUAAAACACAUAUUUAUUAUGCAAAAUACAAAAUAGCCCUUUUGUCUUAAUAUACACCGUACACAUUAUCGAAAAAGGAAUAUUUAAAAUUGCACAAAAUUCACAACUCACUCAGUCAAUAUUUUGGCGACAUGAGUCGUGGUAGCUGCAUGGGUUUAGCGCUCGCUGCAAAUUUCACAGUACGCUAGCAGCAUCCCGGUUUCAAUCCUCGAUUUCGAUCGAAUGAAUGAAAUUGUUAAUUGAAAUUUUAAGUGCUGAUUGAUAACGUGCUCGGCGGUGAAGGAAAAUCGUCAUCGUGAGGAAACCUGCAUGUGUGAAAAAAACAAGAUUUCUAAGACAUGUGGAUUCCUCCAGCACGCAUUGGGGCAGCGCGGCGGACACUUCCUUGCCCUAAAAUCCUCUCAGAAGUGAGAGGAAGUCUGUGUCCAGCAGUGAAACGUAUAAAGACUGUAACUUUCACUUUACUUAGGCUGCAAACUCUACUUUGUGCAACUGUUUGAGCACAGACCAUUAUGUGUUUUAAGAUAAGAUUGGCAGUAGUAAGUAAAUAAUGAAUGUUAUUUAUGCAAUAUAUUUUUAUUACAUAUAUUAAAUAAAUUUUAGAUUUUGAGGGGGUGUCCUUCUCCGUAUAAAAUUUAACUAUGACAAAUCUCACACCUCAAUGCGGUAAAAAGUUUUCGUGUGUAGCAUAUUGUGUCGGUAGAUAAUAAUAACGGUUUCUACGGCUACCCUGGGUUGGGUGAAUAAAUGAUCGUUUACGGGUUCAGUGUGUUUAAAUAAACGUUCCCCGUAUUCCCUGAAUAGCAAGGACAUUACAGUGGCGACGAGUUUAUUUUGUGUAUUAAUAAUCGAUUAACCUACAGUAGAAGUCACGCGUUAAAAUGUCUAUCUAUGGGAAAGUGCCAGUUUUCGAUUGCAAAAUAGAUGAGUGGGUGGUACACGUAGCACAACUAAACAACUUCUUUAUUGCAAAUGGAAUCGACGAUAUCACAGAUGCUCAAAGAGUGAGAAGACGGGCAAUUUUAUUGAAUAGCAUGUCACAAGACUCAUAUCGUCUUACUCGUGAUUUAUUGUAUCCAAAUACGCCUGAAUCAACCGAUUACAAGGCGAUUAUUGCUGCGCUUGACGGCCACUUCGACCCAAAAAAGUGUAUAUACGCUGAAAGACAAAAGUUUUAUUCGGCUAAAAAGGACCCUCACGAGUCAAUGGUGGAGUAUGCUGCUCGUCUUCGUGGACUAGCAUCGGCAUGUUGUUUUGGUACAGCUCUAGAGAUGUGUUUGACGGAUCGUUUUGUACUUGGUCUUGACACUGCGUCGGCCCGAGAGAAAUUAUUUAGAGAAGAUCCCAAUCAGCUAAAACUAAAUAAGGCACUUGAAGUAGCUUGUGCAGUUGAAAGUGCGCAGCGUAUUGUUUCCGCUGGCGAUUCGGCAGAGUUAAUUAAGUCUGAACCUGUGCUAUAUACGGACUCGCGGCGAAAAGCUACUGCAAGCGGCGGUACACGAGGCGGUCGCGCCCGUGGUGGCGGCGACGGCGGAGCCCCCAGGUGUAGUGUGUGUGGUGCGAGGUCACACGAUACCUCCGUAUGUGGCUAUCGUCAUCUGUCGUGCAAUUUGUGUGGUGCAAAAGGGCAUUUAAAAAGAAUGUGUUCUAAGAGAUACUACGUACAUAACGAGAUUACAACCAAAAAGGACAAAAUUGUGAAAAAGCAGCAUAAUGGUAUGCAGAAUAAUUACAUUUUGGAAGGUAGUGAUAGGGACGAAUGUAAUGAUUUUUCACCAAUUAAUAAUGUUAGAGAUAUAAAUAAUGAAUCACGUAUUAAUACUAUUUUAUAUAAGGAAGAAAAACCGAUAUCUCUUGAAGUUAUGGUGCGAGGUGUUACUCUUAGUAUGGAGGUUGAUUCCGGUAGUGGGGUAUCAGCGCUGCCCGCGCGCAUAUGGUAUAUGUAUUUCUCGCGAAACUUGUCACUCGGUGAGUCCAAUAAAACUUUAUAUACAUACAGUGGUUCUGCUUUAAGGCUAUUGGGCAUGUGUUACUUACCAGUCACAUAUAAUAAUGUAACGCAUAAUAUAAAAUUUUAUGUUGUUGAAAAUGGCCCGGUUCCCUUGCUCGGUAGGGACUUUAUGACAAAAUUUAAUUUCGCUUUUAUCUCAUUAAAUUAUUGUUCAGUAGAUAAAGAAAAAUUUAUUUUGUCGAAAUAUAAAACAUUAUUUUCUGGUGGGUUGGGCACGUUCAAUAAAUAUAAGUUAACGCUACACUUAAAAGAAGGUGUCACACCAAAAUUUUUUAAAGCUAGGCCGGUGCCUUUUGCGCUCAAAGAUAAGGUAAGCGCAGAGUUGGACCGAUUAGUGCGCGCUGGCAUACUCAAACCGGUUUCUUAUUCUAAUUACGCGUCACCGAUUGUUGCAGUAUUAAAGAAAAAUAAUGACGUACGUAUUUGCGGCGAUUAUUCUAUGACGAUCAAUAAGGCCCUAAUAAUUGACUCUUAUCCAUUGCCCAAAAUAAGUGAGUUAUGUGCAUCGUUACACGAUUGUCGUUACUUUAGUAGGCUUGAUUUAUCAAAUAGUUAUAAUCAGUUCCUUCUAGAUGAUGAGUCACAAAAAUAUACAUGUAUCAAUACGCAUAAAGGUCUUUUUGUUUAUACAAGAUUAGUGUUCGGUUUGUCAAAUGCGCCAGCUUUGUUCCAGCGUGCUAUGGUGCAACUGCUGCAGGGCAUAGAUGGCGUGGAGUGUUUCCUCGACGACUUGUUAAUCGCGGCUCCGCCCGCCGAAUUACAUUGGGAACGUGUCGAUUUGGUACUAAAUCGUCUAAGAGACGCCGGGCUAAUGCUCCAGCGCUCGAAAUGUUCAUUCUUCC